UCCAAACUUCAUCCUGGAUUUCGCAAAGUAAAACAAGGGAGGCUGGCAAGAGGACAGAUUGAGGAAACUGACGACGGCAGGCCUUGUGGGCAAGAGGCUGUAUAAAGCUCCAAAAUUUGUAAGCUGAUCUCCAGAACUUCCACAUUGAGUUCCUCACUCCUGCAUCCCUGAACAGAAGACAUCUGACUGAACUUUUGCAACCUGUCAUUGAGGGCGGUGGAAUUGGGCUUUCAUCCCACCAGGAGCCAUGGCCAGUUUUCUGGUGCUCACUCUACUUCUGGUACCCAUGAAUGUUAGAGCUACCUGGAGUGCCAACUAUGCAGUAGAUUGCCCGGAGUCCUGCAACAGCAGUGAAUGUAAUCCGCAACAUUGCAAGCGUACUGUGUUGGAUGACUGUGGCUGUUGUAGGGUGUGUGCUGCAGCUCUGGGAGAAACUUGCUGGACAGUUGCAGGAAUGGAUGGUGUCAAAUGUGGGCCCGGACUGAAGUGCCAAUUCUUUUCUGAAGAAGAUGAUUUUGGAGAUGAGUUUGGUAUCUGCAAAGAGUGUCCUUAUGGUACUUAUGGAUUGGAUUGUCUAAGGACUUGCAGCUGUCCAUCUGGCAUAUGUGACAGAGUAACUGGGAAGUGUGUAAAGUUUUCUUUUUUCCAACUGGCUGCAUCAAAACCUCCCCACCAACGGAAAAUACUGCUGCCUACAGAGAAUGACAUGGGAUCUGGCGAUGGUAAUUCCGUAGAAGAGGAUUUUGUGAAGGAAAAAGACAUUCACUCUCCAAUCAUGAAAUGGCUGAAUCCUCGCUGAUAUUAGCCUAUGUGGGUUAGAUUUCUAACCCAUGCUUUCUUCUAACAGUGAAUGUUCCACAAACCACUUUAAAACAGUAGAUCUCUUGCAGAGGAAAUUGUAAUUUUUUUAAAAAGAAGAUCCAGUUUAUGUAUCUUUGGGAAAAGAUUGAAUUUCAGCAAGAAACUGUGUACAGUGUACAUGAUUUUUGGAAUAUCUUCUGAAUACUAAAUGUAUCAUGAAUUCUUGAAUGUAAAAUAUAGUUGGAACUUGCAUAUUGCUGCAGCUUACCUAUAUAUUGAAAAAUAUAUAUCUCUUAUUUUUUAACAUUCUCAAUUCUAUACAUCCUGCACAAAAUAUUUAUUCAUCAAAGAACUGAAAAUGUAUGGGGGAUAAAAAUUAGUAUAUAAAUUGUCUAGACUGAAAUCCUAAUUUCAGGA